AACCUGUAUUAACUUAGAGAUGAGAAAGCAAACAAAAGGAUCGCUUCAUUUAAGGAUGGUAGACCUUUGGUGCCAAAAGUGGAACCUGCAACUAUUGUUGUGUCUCACAGGACUCCUGCAGUGGGAUCUGUGCAGUGGUCAGAUUCAGGUCCAGAUCCAGAAAGGUCCUCUGUAUAGAGUGAAAGGAUAUCCCAUCUCCAUAUCCUGUAAUGUUACAGGGUUUACAGGCCCAUCUAACCGGGAUUUUCAGUUUAUUCUCAAGAAACCAAAUGUGGAAUUAAAUAUGAUCAGUACCAGUGACCCAGACUUUGCCUACGGAAUGUUCUCCGAUAGAAUAAGAAAUAAAGAGAUUUAUAUUCAAAGGCUGUCAGGAUCUUCAGUUCUCUUGACAAUCAAAAAUUUGCUGGAGAAUGAUGCAGGUGAUUUGCUCUGUGAGACCCUACACACAGGUGGUGCAUAUUACGGAGAUUAUGCUGCAGAAACAAAGCUUAAUGUGAUUGCAGACACCCUGGAGGCAUCAUACUCUGGCUCUCCCUCUCAGAGCUUGUCUGAAGGUGAUCCUCUUCAGCUUGAGUGCCAGGUCUCCAGCCAGACUUUUCAACAUACUCAUCUGUCGGUCACCUGGUUUCUCCAUGGUGAAGAGGAUGAAAUCCCCCGGCCAAUCAUUACUCUGGACAAAGAUCUGACUGUAAAGCCAGGAGCUGGAUUUGAGGAUGGCUAUCGUGCUGGUCUUAUCAGCAUGGAUAAGGUGGAGGACACAACCUACAGACUGAAGAUGCCUCAAGUGCAGCAGUCAGACCAGGGGAAGUUUUACUGCAAAGCCAUUGAGUGGAUACAAGACCCAGACCGUUCCUGGACACAGAUUGCCCACAAAACCACCACAGCAUGCAAUGUGGAGAUCAAACGAAUCGUGGCCCCUGAUGCAGGCUCGUUCAGUGUUUAUCUGAAGGCUUCAAAGGGGCCGCUACAGGAGGGAGACGCACUGGACAUCCGCUGCAGUGUGAAUGCACAGAACCUUCCUGGUCAUUUCUUCUCGGUGACUUGGCUGAAGAACCAGCAGAAAGUGGCCCAGAUUGGAUCUUCUGGGGUGCUCACUAUGUUUGACAGUUACAAAGAGCGAGAGAAUGCAGCAGAGAUGAGAGCAGUGAAAACCAGUCACACGGACUACCUGCUGACCAUCCGUUCGGCUCGGGCUGAGGACCAGGGCCAAUACCAGUGUGAAGUAUGGGAGGAAAACAUGAAUGAAGAUGGCACCUACAAAAAAAUACAAAAAGAAAUGUCCAGUCCAGAGACUGUGAGCAUCACGGCUAAAGAGAGUGAUCUUGCGGUGGUCAUGGAGAUGAAGGACGCGGUGACUGAGGGAGAUGCACUACGAGUCUUCUGCUCAGUGUCGGGAUUCAAAGGUCCUUUAUCAGUGUCAUGGCAACACAAGAAAGACUCGGGGGCUUCCUUCAGUGAUGUCAUUAGUCUGACCCAUGAGGGAGUGAUGAGAGAUGUUGGGGCAAGGUAUCAGAGCAGAAAUGUUCAAACAUUUCAUUCUCCAGCUGGAAACUUUAUUCUAGAGCUUGGUGCAUCUGCAACAUCUGACAGCGGCGAGUAUAAGUGCAUUGUGUCUGAAUGGACAGUACAGAGCAAUGGCGAGAUGAAGAAAGCCAACACCAAAUCUCAGCAAAAAGCCAUAAUAGUUAAUUCUGUUGAAUCUCUAAUGAAGGUGAGCUUGAAAAGUCGUACAACAAAUGUGCCAAUAGAUUCUCCAGUAGAACUGCUAUGCACCGUCAGAGGGCCUAAAGUGUCUUUGGCUGUACGCUGGAUGUUUCAGCCCCGCAAUUCAACUGUUCAAACAAAUAUUUUAUCCAUAAGCCAUACUGGAGAAAUCACCUGGAAAGCAGAUCAGAGAAACUAUCAGCUGUCCAUUCAACAGCCGUCAGACACUCAUUUCACUCUCAUGGUGCCGAGAGCCAGCAAGCAACAAGAAGGACAGUAUCAGUGUCAAGUUGAUGCCUAUCAAAAGGAUGUACAGAAAGCCAAGAUAAUCUCCAACCCGUUAGCUGUGAUUGUACAAAAACUUGUCAGCAAGAUGAGCCUGUACUCACCCACUUCUCGUCUGGAAACCACUGUCAAUACUGAUGCUAAGCUUGAAUGCUCAGUCACGAGGACAACCACAGAUACCUCUCGUUUCACGAUAACAUGGAUGUUUGGGUCCCAGAUGCUGUUAACUAUGGACCUAGAUGCUGUUGUCAAGUUUGGCCCUGCAGCCAACCUAGAGAUGGACCAGAGGAUCCGUAUGGAAAUAAGACAGAAACAGGACUUCCAGCUGAUUAUUCAACAGGUCAGAACAUCUGACAGUGGGCAAUAUCAUUGUGAGGUAGAAGAGUGGCUUCAGGAUCCUCUUGGUGACUGGUAUUCCCUAAAGAAAAUGUCUGUUUCCAAAGAGCUGGUUGUCAAAGAGAAAGCCAGUGAUUUCAAAAUGAAUAAAUCUAACACUCAGCUGAAGGUUGAAGAGGGAAAGCAGCUAAUGUUGAAAUGCUCAGUGGAGGGUAUUGGGUCUGAUUCCACUCUUCGUUACUCCCUUACCUGGAUGUUUAACCAAUAUGAGUCCUCCAGUGUGGCACUUCUGACCUAUAGCCAUGAUGGCCGUCUGAAGUACAACAGCUUUGACUCAGAGCUUGAGGGACGACUCCACUUCUCUACUCCAGAAGUGGGUGUCUUUCACUUGACUAUCCAUAGAUCCAUCCAGGAAGACAGGGGGUGCUACUACUGUCAAGUUCAACAGUACCAGCUGGACUGUAAAGGCCAAUGGUCACCUAAGGCAGGCGACAAGUCAGGUUUUACCAAUGUUACUGUUCAGCUUAUAGAGAACAAUCUGCACGUUCACAAGGAGGAACAAAGCCUGAACAUUAGCAAUCUACAAGCGGGGUUCACCAUUGACUGUGUCAUUGAAUCACGGUCCAGUGAUGCAUCUGUGUUUGAGGUGACUUGGUCCAGGGGUCAGAGAAAUGAAGGACCUGUCAUCAUCUUCAAUGCCAGCCGUCAUGGUACCUUACACAGUGCAAUCGAUGAUAAAGAUCUGGUGUUUGGACACCCAAGUGCCAUGCACUAUAAGCUGACAGUGCCAAACGUCAACCCCACUGAUACUGGCCUUUACCACUGUCAGGUUGUUGAAUGGAUUCAGACAGCUGCAAACAAGUGGAGAAAGAUAGGUGAAGACAUGUCUGGGAAGAUAUCUGUCCACGAGGACACAGAGGAAAGGCAAAAAAAUGUCAGCUUUGCCAUGGACAAGAAUGGCAAGCAUCUUUUCAUCAAGGAAGGAGAGCAGUUUGAUCUUGAAUGCUUCCUGGAUGUAGGAAAAGAGGACCCUACUCAUCACUACAGUCUCAGAUGGGUAUUUAAUAGACCAGAAUCAACUAGCGGGAUACCAUUAUUGUCCUACUCUUAUGAUGGUCGUCUACAGUACCAUACAGAGAAUCAGGACAGGUUACGCUUCUCUAGACCUACUUCUGAUACUUUCCAUCUGGCAGUAUUAAACUCUGAUAUAGCUGAUAGUGGAAGCUACCAGUGCAGAGUUGAGCAGUACCAGCUUGAUUGUGAGGGUCAGUGGAAACCAAUGGCACGUGACCAGUCAGGCUCAACUAUAGUCACAGUUCGCAGUAUCGAAAGUAAACUGCGUGUUCAGAAGGACAACCGAACGCUCAACAUUACAAAUCAUCAGGCUGGGUUCACCGUGGACUGUGUCAUUGACUCACAAUCCAGUGAUAAGUCUGUCUUUGAGGUCACCUGGUUCAAGGUUCAGGAGGAAGAAGGAUCAGUCACCAUGUUCACCGCCAGGCGUGAUGGUAUCUUACACAGUGCAAUUAGCUAUACAUAUCUGGUGUUUGGCCGACCACUUGCCACACACUAUAAACUGACUGUGCCACAGAUCAACCCCACUGAUAUGGGGCAAUACUACUGUCAGGUUGAGGAGUGGCUUCUAACUGCUAACACCUGGAAGAAAUUGGAUUCAGAUAAAUCUGGAGUGCUCUCCAUCUAUGUUCACACUGAAGGUGAUUCUGAAAAACAGACAGAACCGUUGGGAAUGGCACUGGGAGUCACUAUUCCUCUGAUUUGCUUUCUUGUAUUGGUCAUAAUAUUGUUGUUGAGAAGGGCUCACAAGAGGAAUUCUGAACUGAAGAAGAAGAAAGACUGUCUGUGGGCUGAAAAUAACCCCCUUAGUCCCAUGCCUGAGGUGACGCCUGCUGCAGGGGAUCAUUCCUAGUCUGUCUAGCACAGUGACUGUAUUAGUGCAGUAAUACACAAUUACAUAAACAAAAUGUUGUUUCUGAGGGAUAUCUAUUUUAACAAAGUUAACUUACCCCUACAUUUAAGGAUAAUGCAUUUGCAUUGCUAUAAAUAAAUUAAUUAUGAGGCAAGAUAUUUAAACCAGUGGUUCUUAACUGGUUUUGUUUCAGGGCCUUGAUUUUACAUUAUACAUCAAGUGAUGACCAAACACAGAAUCCUACCAAACUAAACAAGAAUGUUUGUUUAAUAACCAUGACAGUUUUAACAGGCUUGUCUUUAUAGUUUGAGCAUCUCUUGAGUUUAGAUUCAUACUCUUAGCUAUUAAUUCACUGCAAAUAUCACACUGUGGCCAUGUUUAAUCUCUUUUGAAAACAUAUUUCAUGUAUCCUAGGUUGCAUUUUACCUCGCGUAGUUUUGCUCUUGGUUUUUGAGGAUGAAAAUGUCAUGCAACCUGUCCAUGAUAAUUUCUGCUGAGUGAAAGAAGAAAAAUGUGCCAGUAGUUUGUUUGUUUGCACAGUCUUUGAAGUCAACAUAGAAAUAUAUAAGAAGCAUUUUCUCCUUGUUUUUUUAAGUAUUGCUACUAUUUAUUCUUGUUUUCACCCUGCUGUAGGCUACUUGUCCUAUUAGAACAGAACUACAACAUAUUUUUCACUUGGUUUUUGCAGUUGUAAUUGCAAAUAAUUAAAGAGCUCACAUUGGAAUUGUGCUGUAUACAUGGCUGUAAACAAAUGAAGUUACAGUUACAAUGAUGCUAUAUUUUCAAUUGUAUGCAGUUAAAUUUAUGACAUU